UUUUAUGAUUUUUCUGUGACCAUUAGUGUCUUCUUGACAGUUCCUUUUGUGUCAUUUAGGUUCAUACAUCCAAAUGGGUGAAUCCAACUUUGACUUAAACUCAUUUUCAGACUACUAUGAGGAGUAUGGGAACUUCACUAAUUAUACUGGCUCUGGCAAUGUGUGUGAAAUGGAUGACCUCCAUGCAUUUGGUGCCCAUCUCACCACCAUCCUGUACUCUCUUGCUUUUGUUCUUAGCCUGCUGGGAAAUAGUUUGGUGUUAUGGAUCCUAAUGAAGUAUGAAAGCCUUGUGUCUUUAACAAACAUCUUCAUCAUGAACCUUUGCAUCUCUGACCUGGUCUUCUCUUGCAUGCUGCCCUUCUGGAUCGUGUAUCAUUUGCAUGGAUGGAUUUUUGGUGAUUUCCUCUGCAAGGCUGUGAAUACUGUUUUCUCCAUCAGCUACUACAGUGGUAUUAUCUUUUUGACCAUAAUGACUAUUCUCCGGUACCUGGCAGUGGUGAACCCCUUGUCGACCUUGAGUACUCAGACACACCAGUGUGGCAUUCAGGUGAGCUUGGCCAUUUGGGCUGCUAGCAUAUUAGUCGUGGUUCCUGAGAUGAUUUUCACCCAAGUGCAGAUUGAUCUGGAUGGUUUCAGUACCUGCGAUUACAUUGACUUACAUUGGAAAAAGGUAGAAAUUUAUCAGCGAAAUGUCUUCUUUCUCUUUUCCUUUGCUGUUAUUGUAUUUUGUUACGUCAAGAUACUGAAAAUUCUGCUCAGAACAAGAUCUCAUAGGAAGCACAGAACUGUGAGACUCAUCUUUACCAUUGUGGUAGCUUUUUUCCUGAGUUGGGCACCUUACAAUAUAUUCUGUUUCCUGCAAACGUUGCCAGCUCAUUACAUCUUUCUGAACUGUGAGAUUCAAAAGAACAUUGCAUAUGCCUUCUACAUCAGCCGCAAAAUUGCCUUUUCCCACUGCUGCCUCAACCCUGUGCUCUAUGUAUUUGUUGGAGUCAAAUUCAGAAGGCAUUUGAUGCACCUGUGCAAUUACCUCUGGCCAUGCAACAAUGGGAAAAUCUCCAGCCCCAGGAUUUAUUCUCAUGGCAAAUUCCACUAUGAAGAUGCUUCCAUUUACUGAAGGCUGCUCUGCAGUGCUAAGCAUGAGUGAAAUAUCCAAAUUUUAAAGCCAUUAACAGUUGAUUUUAGAGGCAUUCACCUGAAAGACACACAAAUUUAUUCUUU